ACCAAGCUGCACGAUUCCCGUCCACAGGUUCCGGCCCUCGUCGAUGUAGAAGUAUCCCCAAGAAAUCCGGCCACCCUCCCCGCGCGGAUCGACCCGAGGGUGCCCCCACCCUCUCGCGUCGAUCCCGCUAUGGGAAUGCUCUCGUCGGCGGCGAAGAGAUGCAGCAACGGCAAGAAGCUCCUCCGCAGCGCGGGCGCGUGCUGCGGCACGUCGUCCGACGCCGCGUGUGGUGGUGUCCGCGGCAAGGAAGAGGCGUCGACGUCCGCGCCGGCGCCGUCGCCGCCUUCCUCACCGGAUAGCAAGAAGAAGAGGUGGAGGAAGCGGAGGUUCUGGAGGAAGAAGAAGAAGAAGGCGAAGAAGGAGGGCGACGACGGCGGUGACAUGGCGGAUCUCGUGAACAACAUUUCGGUCAAGCCGGACGUUUCCAAGAACGGGGAUGCGGAGGAGGAGACCCUACGGGGAGGGAAACAGAACAUGCCGAGCCGGGCGUUGAAGUUCAAACAGCUGAGCGUCGCGACCAACGGGUUCAGCGAGAAGAACCUGCUCGGAGAAGGCGGCUUCGGCCGGGUGUACAAAGGCCGGCUCCCGGACACCAAAGAGGUUAUCGCCGUGAAGCAGCUGGACAGGGACGGGUUCCAGGGCAACCGCGAGUUCCUGGUCGAGGUGCUGAUGCUGAGCCUCCUGCACCACCCCAACCUCGUCAAGCUACUGGGCUACUGCACCGACUCCAACCAGCGGAUCCUGGUCUACGAGUACAUGCCCAAGGGUUCACUGGAGGACCAUCUCCUGGACCUGCCCCCGAACUGGAAGCCUUUGCCGUGGCACACGCGGAUGCAGAUCGCGGUGGGCGCGGCCAAGGGCAUCGAGUACCUGCACGAGGUGGCCAACCCGCCGGUGAUCUACCGGGACCUCAAGGCGUCCAACAUCCUCCUGGACAGGGACUUCAACUCCAAGCUCUCCGACUUCGGGCUCGCCAAGCUGGGGCCCAUGGGCGACCAGAGCCACGUCAGCACCAGGGUCAUGGGCACGUACGGCUACUGCGCCCCCGAGUACGCCAUGACCGGCAAGCUCACCAAGAUGUCCGACAUCUACAGCUUCGGCGUCGUGCUGCUCGAGCUCAUCACCGGCCGCCGCGCCAUCGACGUCGACAGGCCGUCCGAGGAGCAGGUCCUCGUCCACUGGGCGUGGCCUAUGCUGAGGGACAAGAAGAGGUUCAUGAGGCUGGCUGACCCGUUGCUGGGCAGGAGGUACCCCGUGAAGGGGCUGUACCAGGCGCUCGCCGUCGCGUCCAUGUGCCUGCAGGAGGACGCGGCCAGCCGGCCGGGGAUCAGCGACGUGGUCGCGGCGCUCUCGUUUCUCGCCGACCAGACAUACUAUCCUCCGGAGGGCACGGGCGCCGAGCAGAGGGGUGCGGCAGGAGAGAGUAGACCCAAGGAGAUGAGCAGCAGCCCUUCUCUCGCAACCGUGGUCUCGUCUGAGAUAAGGGCAGGCGACGAGAUGGUGCAGAGGUGACCAUAUAGGGGGCUGAGAGUAACGGGAAAGGGAGGGUUGCGGUUGCAGAGCGAUCGGUCUGCUCUCUCCAAUCUUCUUUUGUAACGUACACCACGUAGGCAGGAUGUAACGUCAUUCAAGGAGUAAUCUUGACUGAUGCUGGUUUUCAGCA